AUUGGGGCGUAUGAUCAACAAAUAUGGGAAAAAUCAGUAGAGCAAAGAGAAAUAAAGUUUAUUAGACUGGGUUUGAGAAACAAACCAAAGAAAACAGGACAUGUGAAACCAGACCUCAUAGAUGUUGAUCUUGUAAGAGGAUCUGCUUUUGCUAAAGCAAAACCUGAAAGUCCUUGGACAUCUCUGACCCGCAAAGGAAUUGUGAGAGUUGUUUUCUUUCCAUUCUUCUACAGCUGGUGGCUGCAAGUGACAUCAAGAGUCAUCUUUUUCUGGCUGCUGGUUCUUUACCUUCUUCAAGUUGCUGCUGUAGUGUUAUUCUAUACAGCCCAGAGCCCACAUAAUAUACCUCUGACUGAAGUAAUUGGGCCAAUAUGGCUAAUGUUGCUACUUGGAACUGUGCAUUGUCAGAUUGUUUCAACACGAACUCCUAAGCCACCUCCCAGCACAGGGGGUAAAAGAAGAAGGAAAUUAAGGAAAGCAGCACAUUUGGAAGUACAUAGGGAAGGAGAUGGCUCUAGUACCACAGAUAACACACAGGAGGGAACAGUGCAGAGCUACGGUACAAGCACCUCUUGCAGUAUUGGCGCUGUCUUCAGAGAUAUCUGGCAUGCUGCUUUCUUUUUAUCAGG